CGAGAGAUUUCCGUAAAUCACAAUAUUUUUCGCUAAAUUAAUUUCUUGUGUAAAGUCUCAAAAAUUGCCUCUAGAUCUGGAUCCUAUACUUCUUUUUAAUCUAUUUGCAAAAGCAUAAAUGUUAACUGAAUCUUCCCUGAUUUUCACGCUUCCGGAAUCAAUCAUGUGACUUGCACAUCAAUAGAAUCAUUCUGAUGCAUUCAGAUGCUUUUCCUAUUUUCACGUAAUCACUAGAAAAUCUUGACCUCUGCCGAAGAAUUUAUCUAGAAUACGUAGAGAACAGAGAUCAAUCAAUAAUAUAUCUAUAUAUUGCUAGUAGCAAAAUCUUAUUAGAAAAUCUUAAAAAAUGGCUUGGCUUGGUUUUGGGGCACUUGCAUCUGGUUUAGUUCUGCAGCGACUUCUAGGAGGUGAUACUCCUCCGAAUAAAGUGCAGGAGAUUAAGACGGAUGCCCUACAGAAUCUUCAAGUACUUCACAGAGAUGAUUCAAUGGUGCUUUAUGCUCCACUCCCGGGACAAAUAGAUAAGAAAACAACUUAUGAAAUAGUACUCAAUCGACCCUACAGUGAGGGCACAAGUACUUCCUUCAGUCUCUAUCGUGCCCAGACGCAAAAUGAAGCAGAAGAAAAAUUCAACGCUUUUGUGCAUCGAUUGCCAGUAUUUGUCCAGAUUAUUAAAGAAUGGUACAAUGUCAAUGGUCUUCAAAAGAUAUGUGAUGCACUUAUUGAAAAUCCAUCGUGGUCUUUGGCUCAUCUCGUCGCUUAUUUCAAUCUCACAGAAUACGUACUUCAUGAGAAGAUUUUCGAAUUUAUCGACUAUCCAGACCACAAGAACUAUAUGUCACCUCUCCAACUUGCUGUAAUGGCCGGAAAUACAGAGAUGGUAAAGACGUUGCUACCUCUUUGCAAGAUUGAUCAUUUAGAUAACAAUAGUAGCUCAGUAUAUCAUUAUGCAGCCAGUACAACAAAGGAAAUUAUUAAUAUCCUUGCUGCCAAGGACACUGUGAAUAUGAACCAUUGCAAUACAGAUGGCUAUACACCACUGCAUCUGGCAUGCUUAGCAGAUAAGCCGGAGUGCGUAAAAGCACUUCUUCUAGCAGGAGCGGAUGUGAAUAUAUCCGCCCGCAAUAUUAGUACUGUUUAUAGCAAAAAAACGGAGCACGCAAGUUCGGUGGCGGACUUGAUGCAAACUAAUCCCAAUAAACUUGUAACGCAAGACAUGAAGCACGGAGGUACACCACUGCACUGGAGCUCUUCGCGUGAGAUCAUUGAGGCUCUUAUUGAACGUGGGACAGACGUGAAUGCUCUUAAUUUUGAUGGUAGAACCGCAUUGCAUAUCAUGGUAGGGCGAAAUCGCUUAGAUUGUUGCGUAGCUCUUCUGUCUCACGAAGCCGAAAUUGAUCUUAAAGAUAAAGAUGGAAAAACACCACUCCAUAUUGCCGUCGAAAAAAAAUUGGUACCCAUUGUGCAAUGUCUUGUAGUAUUUGGGUGUGACAUAAACAUGAAAAACAAGGAUGGAAAGACUCCGCGUCACAUGGUGGGGAAAGAUGCUUCUGGAUCUAAUGAUGAUAUGAUUCUAUAUAUUUUACAUUCUGUCGGGGCUAAGAGGUGUCCCCCAUCGAGCACAAAAUGCCCUCCGGGAUGCAAUGCCACAGGUACAUACAAUGGGAUUCCUCCGGCAACACCUGAGUCCCCAGAGUCGCGAGAACACAUACAACAAAUGUUAGCCACAACAGUGCGUGGAAAUCGACCUAGUCUAAGUAAAUGCAGAGAUUUACUGGAAAAGCAACGUCAAGUUGUGGACACAACUCCCGUUCAACGUGGUCAGAGUGUUAUGGACGCUUUGUUGGGAAUGUUUACACCAAAAGUAGCCAAAACUGAACCUUCAAUUGUUCACUCUGAUUCUCCACUCUUGGAUUUGGAUUCGUCUUCGUCUUCUUCCAAUUUUGCAGAUACAGAACCAAAAGAGUCAAAAAAGACUUCUGAUGAUGAACCUGAGAAACGUGGACGUCUUCUUUGCCUCGAUGGUGGUGGAAUCCGGGGUCUAGUACUUGUACAGAUGCUUUUGGAAAUGGAAAAACUUUCACAAACACCUAUAAGUCAUAUGUUUGAUUGGAUGGCGGGGACCAGUACUGGAGGAAUUCUUGCCCUUGGUUUGGCGACUGGAAAGACAAUGAGACAGUGUAUGUGUCUUUAUCUACAGAUGAAAGAACAAGCAUUUGUAGGCUCCCGCCCAUAUGCCAGUGAACACCUUGAGUCAAUGUUGAAAGAUAACUUAGGAGAAUUCACUACAAUGACCGAUAUCGUAGCACCUAAAAUCAUGGUAACUGGAGUAAUGGCUGACAGGAAACCAGUUGAUUUACACCUUUUCCGGAAUUACAAAAGUGCAAGCGAUAUUCUAGGUAUCGUUACACCUACAAAUAAUAGACGAGUACCACCACCAGCUCCAGAAGAUCAACUUGUGUGGCGAGCAGCUAGAGCCACAGGAGCUGCACCUUCCUAUUUCAGAGCUUUCGGACGUUUCUUGGACGGCGGUUUAAUUGCCAACAAUCCAACAUUGGAUGCCAUGACGGAAAUACAUGAAUACAAUAUGGCUCUCCGAAGCGUGGGACGUGAAAAAGAAGCUAUUCCCGUGUCAGUUGUGGUAUCUUUGGGCACUGGAAUGAUUCCUGUGACUGAACUUAAGGAGAUAGAUGUUUUUCGCCCAGAUAGCAUUUGGGACACAGCUAAGUUAGCAUACGGAAUUUCAGCCAUAGGCAAUUUGCUCGUAGAUCAAGCGACUGCAUCUGACGGUAGAGUUGUGGACAGAGCUAGGGCAUGGUGCAGCAUGAUUGAAGUUCCCUACUUCAGAUUCAAUCCACAACUGUCUGAAGAUAUCCCGAUGGAUGAGAAAAACGAUCAGAAGCUAAUCAAUAUGAUGUGGGAGGCGAAAGCAUAUGUUUAUGCUAAUAGAAAUAAGGUCAUUGAAAUGAUAAAUUUGUUAAAAUAACGGUUAAGAUAAUCCCAUCGUUACACAACAAUUAUUUUACAUUAAAAGAAUACCUUUUGUGAAAUUCAUAAAAUAAUUUCCUAUAUUAUUCUAUUGAGAAGUCUACAUUUUAGUCCACAAUGACUGAAGUGAGACUACAAAAAUUAUAUAGGUAAAGAUUACAUGUUCUACCAUGAAAAAUAAUUGUAUGAGAAAAGAUAUGUGAAAACCAAACUUGAUGUAACGACUGGGAUGAUAAUUUUAAGCGUUUUAAUUAUACCAUACACACAAUUUUAGGAAACUUAAAAGGGUUAAUGAAUAGUUUUUUUUAUUGCUCUCUGCCGUUUCUGUCUCAGAUGAAGAUAAACUGGGUAGUGAGGAGAGAUUUAGUAGAAUUUAUAUGAAAUAAAAACUGGUUAAAAACCUAAUAUGUAUUUCACAUUACCUAUUAGGUGACUCGAAAUUAUCUUAUGACAUUGAAAGGAUAAUAUUAUUAAGGGAUCCUAUCAAAUGGUCAUCCAAAUUUAAAUGUUUUUUUUUUUUGGUUUUUUUUAAUGAAUGUUUUGUGUAUAUGCGUUGUUUAAAUAUGAAUAUUUAAAUUAAAAGUAUCUUUCCAUUUUCUGAUUUUUGAUUACUCUUGUCGAAUUUCAAUCAAGAUUCCUGUUGCACACUAAGAGAACACAAAAAAUGUGACAAAGAAUCGGAUAUUUUUUCUAAAGACAUUUUUUUCAUUUCAAUUAUAUUUUUUAAAUAUACUUAAUAUUAUGAUUACGAUUUAUAUCGGGACCUCAUUCAGGUUACAUAAAUUUAAAUAAAAAUUUAAUGACUUUUUGUCUGAUAAGUUGUCGUUUAUGUCCAAGGGAGCUAUGUAUAAGCAUAAAGGUAUAAAAUGAUACUAAUAGUAACAGUAUGUUCUAAUUGAUUCCAAAAAAAAUAGCAAUGUGUUAAUAAACAAAUUCAGUGUA